UCGAUGAAUCCUAAUAGAGUUCGAAAUUUACCGUUAUAAAUGCAUUUAACUAAACCCCCCAUUACGAUUGUCUUCAAAAGUUUUCUCGUUUACUUAUGAUAUGCGCGAAAAGAGCAUCAACCAGGCAAUCGCCACCCACGCCCUGAAAAAUAAUUGCCGUGGUGCAGGUUUAAUACUCCGAACUAUGCCUAAUGUCUUGCCUAUAGGACAUGGCUACAUCUCGUUUCGUAAGUGUAUAUACGUAUAUAGGUGUAUGUAUAUAGUGUACCACUCGUAAAGGUUAUCGCUGCGGUGCACUCGUAACGGGAGGACGAUAUAUAUACAGCCAAGCAAUUCGCGUACGUGCGUAUACCUAUACAUGCGUGAUAUGUAGUGUGCUCUAUCAUUGCGCCUCGCUCAUACUACAACACUGCACACCGCACACGCAUCUCUCGCGAGACUUUUUAAAGGGAAAAAACAACGCUCUUUAACAAGUUGAAAUUUGGAAAUUCGAGUGACAAUCGUGACCACGUGGAUGCGUUGCCUACGCGCCCAAGGCGGCCCCCCGACAACAGCAACGCAGUCGUCGUCGAGGCAUCGUCCGGUAACGUGCAGUGGUAGUAGCUGCGCCAAAAGUCAACUUGUUUUUUCCCAUUGAAAAACCUAACCUUCCACCUUGCUAUCGUUGACGUUUGUGUCACACAAGGGAGUUACGCUGCUCUGCUCUGCUGCUCUGCCUGUCUGUUAUGAGUGUGUCUGCGUGCGCGUUCAGCAAAGUACAUACGUGUGUGCACACGAUUAUCGAGCCGCUUAUUAUACACCGAAUUUUCAGUAAUUAAUGGUCUUGCGUGAGAAAUUAACAACGAGACUACUAUUGCUCUCGCUUACACGUGGCAUUGAGAAAAACGCGUGACUUUGGGUUGCAGCAUGAAUUGUUGUUGUUUUUCGGAAUUCGCUUUCGAAAGGUCACUUGUUAUUCGCCGCUCGUCCUCACAAGCUCGCAACAAUCGUCGUUCGUCAUUUUAUACAGUUGCAAUGUGAAGAUAGUGUAUAUAUUUUUAUAUAUAGCCCAACUACCUGCAAGCACAUUUUUUUCUAUUUUGAGCUGGGCUCUCUGACAGAUCAAUAUUUUUCUAACUGUACAGUUGCAAAGAUGAGUGUUCUUAAUUUGAAAAAGGAGAAGCGCAGCAAGUUGGAAGACAUUGUGGAAAAUUUGUCACAUGGCGAGCUCAAGAACACCAGCACGAUCAGUGACAAUAUUUUUGGCAAAGUCGAAUCGCAGCUUGAAAAUAUGUUUGCUGGGAUCGUUGAGAAUCACAAUGCAUUGGAGGCUCCUAUAUAUCUUGGCAACGACCCAAAGUUCAUGGAAGCGAAUAAACCAGUUGUUGCCACAGAAAAUCAUACUGUAAAGACUGAAAUUAAUGAAAUAAGUAGCCCGAUUGUAGCAGCUAAUAAUGUUCCUAAAGAAACAGUCGGUCUAACAAAUGGAAACCAAACAUCUGUUGCUGAAACUGAAAAGAAGAAGAAACCCAGUAAAGCAAAGAAAAAAACUGCAAAGAGAAAAGUUGAAUCAGACGAUGAAUCAAAAAAUAAAAGUGUCAGUGUAUCAGUACCAGAAGUUAAAAAAAUUAGAGGACCUGUGAUAAAAAUGAAAAAAGGCAACGAUAAGCCAAUUUUUGUUGAAGUAUUAAAUACAUUUAGAGAAGAUGAUGAUGAUAAGCCAAAAGAAAAAAAAUCUUCAAGAAAGUCUCACGGUCAAAAUUAUGAUUUUAUGAAAGAUACUCUGAAUAAUAGAUCUUUAAAUUCAUCAGCACUAAAUGCAGAAAGUAACAACUUAUGGAUAUGCAUAUUUUGUAAACAAGGACCACAUCACAGAAUAGCAAUGUCUUCAUUUAGUACGCAAUUGAAAGCCCCAGAAGCUCUUGGUGAUUUAUUCGGACCAUAUUUCAUAAAAGAAGAUAAUCAAAGCAUAUCCAACGACAACGAUACUUCAAAAUUAUUUGAUAAUCAAACAACACCCAAAGGAAUAAAACAUGAAAAACCAGAUUACAGUGGCUCUUCAGAAAAACAUAAAAAGAAAUUCUAUAACAAUAUGAAUGGUGAAUCUUCAAAUGUGACAAUGGAGCCCAGAGAGAUUUGGGUGCACGAACCUUGCACUUUAUGGACAAACGGAGUUUAUAUGGUUGGUGGACGUAUAAAAGGAUUGCAAAGUGCUGUACAUAACACAUCUAAACUUAUUUGCAAUCAAUGUGGCUUGGAUGGAGCUAAUAUUCAAUGCAUAAAAAGAAAAUGUAAAUCUUAUACACAUUAUCCUUGUGCAGUUGCUGCUAAUUGGGAGUUAAACAGUGAUCAGUUUUUGGCCAAGUGCUGUGCUCACAAGGAUCAACAAUAAAUUAAUUGUAGACUGUAUUUUUUUCCAGAAUAAUUUUCUACAUGUAUAAAUGAAAU